UGCGCAUGCGUGGUGUCGAUUAUAUUCAAAAUGGCGGUGAAAACAAACUUGUAAUCGUUGUUGUGAAGUGGUAACAAUUAUUCAGCGCUGAACUUAUUUCCUGUUUGAAUUUUAAGCAUUUUCAGCUCAGAUGAAUUCCAUAGAAGCAUUUAUAAAGUCGGGUGUUGACCCGUUUGCUGAAGACCCAUUGCCAAAGGGACAUUAUUAUCCAUCACUUGAAAGAAAACUUAAGCAUCAGGAUAAACAGAUUUUCCUUAGCCCAGAGAAAAAUCCAAAGAUGGUUGAUGAGCCUGAAAACGAAUUAACAAAACAGAGUCCAGGAAUUGAAGAAUUUUUGGCAAAAACAAACACAUACUCAAGAAGGGAAUUACCCACCCAUGACACACCUAGUCCAAAGGAUACAUCAUCAAAAUUUGAUGAAUCCUGGCCAUCAAGUGAGAGACCCUCAACGAUAGUGAGUCCUGAAUAUUUCAGACCCCCAUCUGCUACUGUGCCCCCAAGUAGUAUAGCCGAUAUAAUGAGAAGUACGCAAAGAUCUACUUUUGAUGAUUUUGAUAGAAGGAAAUCACAGCCACCUACUCCACCUGAGGACUCUACACUUGCCAAAUUCAUACAUCGGUUUCGGUAUGCUGAACCAAAAAGCAGAGAAGAAAGGUCAAAAAAUGUUGGGGAGAAGGCACAAGAUUUUUGGUGGUUAUCUCCUCCAACCAGAAGUUCCACACCAUCAGAUAUUAGUGUAUCACAGGGCCCACAAGGUUCUAGUCCUAGAAGGCUGAAAACUGGAAGAUCGGCACGAUCUCCUAAAAGUCCAUUCAAGAUUAGUCAAGUUAGAGGAAGAUCAUUGGAUAAGAAAAGUACAACCUCCGUCACCUCGGGUGAAUCAAUACCAUUAGACUUUCCUGAUGAUAGACUGACUAGUAAUCUUCAAACCAGAGCUCAGAAAUUACUUGAGAGAAGUGAAAGUACAAUUCUGAGUGAGCCCAGAGUAUCAUCAGAAGGAUUAGGUAGUACCACUACCAGUAGUUUUCAUGAGGAGCCCAUAUAUAGACCAAGAUACAGUGUCACAAAGCAUGAUAAGGAAAAUAUUCACCAUACUGAAAUUGAUCGGCCAUACAGGCCCAGAAGACAGCUAGCACCAGAGAAUGAUAUAUUAUAUCAAUGGAGAUUAAACAGGAAACUAGAAGAAGCUAGACAGCAAGCAGUGGACCCUACAAGACCAGUAUUGACAUCUCGGUUGAGAUCACCACCAACAAGACUUAGCCCAAGAAAACCUACAAAGCCUGCCAUUAAUGAUGAUGUUGAUUCAAGACUUGCAGAAUUUAGACAAAGACUUGCACAACAGAAAGAUAAAGGUCAGAUUAAAAUAUCAAGACAUCCGUGUAGUACUGAGGAACCGUCAACCAUAGAGCACAAAGGAAGUGAUCCUAUACCUCAGACCAUAGCCACACAAACAUCACCAAAAGAAGAGGAGAGUUCAGAUCAAGAGAUCAGACAUCACCAUGCAAGUCCCUUGCGAGAUAGAAAGCAUGAAUCUCCUACAAGACUCAAAAAAACUCCAAGAAAAUCAUGUGAUUUUCAGCCACCACUUGCAAGCCCAUUUAAACAAUGCAAUGAAGAUGAGGAUGAUGCAGUGAUUCCUCAUGUUCAUCUUAUGUGUGAUCUUUUACCAUGUCCACACCAACUUGGCCAGAUUUCUCCACAGAUGGGGAGACAACCACCUAAAAAGGACAUUGUUGGUGAUGUUCUCUCUGAUGAAUCGGGUGUUUCUGUUAUUCCAUGUCCAUCAAAAAGUAGCCCCAAAAAAGUUGCAAAGCAUUUAGACUUUGAGCCAGAGAGUGAUGAAGAGGCAAGUGAGAGAAGAGGCACAUUGGAAAUGGCACAUGCAAAGAAAAAGAAGAAGAAAAAACUACCAAAAGGAAAAGACCUCUCCUCAACUCACACCAGCACCCCUAAGUCUGUUGCAGAAAGUUCACCAAUUAGUGCUGCAAUCGGUCAGGUAAUUGGGAGUAGAUUAUUUGCAAGUCCAACAAAGUCAUCUUCACCACAAUCCAGUACUGAAAGUCUACCCACAAUGCACUCUCCACCAAGACUUCAAAGACAAAUUGGAGAUGAUCAUGUUCAAGAAGCAUCAUCAGAACAUAGUGGUAGUGAAGAUUACUCAGAUGAUGAACUUUUACAAAUGCUGUACAGGAAAAGAAAAAGCUAUGAAGAACAACUGAAACAUCUUGAUGACUUGUUGGUGCAACAGUGCGGAAACACCGACUGUGAAAACUGAUCUAUUCAGGAAACAUAUGUACCACUCACCAAAUAUACACUGUUAACAUAAAUUUAUAUUUGUAAUAAUGAAGAUAUGAAUAUGGUAAUUGUAAUCACUAUUAUAAUUGAAUUGUAAAUUAUUGACUUUUUAAUAUCACAACAGCCAUACAGCAAAAACCAUGAGUGUUUUUUGUU